ACGGAGCUGCUGCUGCUGUUGGUUCAUCCCCACUCUCACCGCGAGCAGUGCGAUGCGGUGACUAACCACUGUCAACCCGAGUAGAGCCAUGGGACCUAGUACUCACGCCGUUUUCUUCUGGCAAGAGCGCAGCUAACUGUACACGGUCGGGGUUUACCUUGAAACCCUCGGGAAGAGAGGAAAGCCCGACUUCAAUCCCGUUUCAAGGAUGUUCUUCCCAGAUGUCUCUUUUUCAGCCAUAAAUUACGCACUCGUGUUGGGAUUAACCUGCCUCACCGUCUUCGCCAACUUCACCAAGAGCUCGUCUGAGUUCUCAGGUUACCUGUCCAAGGUGCUGAGGAACUACACGGAACAGGCGUGCGACGGUGACUUCCUGUCUGUCCGCUGCCCGCCCCGCACCACCAUUACCGUCCAAUCAGCUUUCUACGGAAGGAGAGACCACGCCCACCCGCACCCCUGCCCCGCCCCCCAACACCUGGCCUUCCUUUCGAGCGGGACUCGGCCAAUCACGGAGGAGACCCAGUGUCAUGUGACCACGUCGCUGCAGAAGAUGCAGGAUGAGUGCCAGGACAGGAGGAGUUGCCAGGUGCUUGUCAACAGCCGCCUCUUUGGAGCUGACCCCUGCCCCAGCACCAGCAAAUACCUCACCGUGCGCUACAAAUGCAGACCCAACGAGUACAAGAGUAAGGUGGUGUGCGAGGGCGAGCGGAUGCGUCUGAGCUGUAAGAGUGGCAUGCAGAUCGCCGUCUACUCCGCCAUGUUCGGACGCACGCAGCAGGGCACGCUGGAGUGUCCGCCCAAUCAGAGGAGGGCGCCAUCUGUAGACUGCCAGUCCGGGAGCACCCUGCAGGUCCUGACCACCCGUUGCCAGGGGCGACAGGGCUGCAGCAUCCGGGCGUCCUCGCGGGAGUUUGGGGACCCCUGUUACGCCGGCACCCGCAAAUACCUCAACGUCAUCUACACAUGCGUCCCAAAGAAGCUGCUGCAGGAGUCGGAGCCGAGUCACCCCGCACCCCAGCCGCCCCCCCAGCCCCCCCUGCUGCCCCCCCGGCCGGCCCAUGACCCCAACCUGGUGGUGCAAGACAGCGCCCCCCCAGAUGGAACCACGCCUGUGACCACUGAGGCCCCUCCAGGUAAGAAAGAGACGGUGCCGCUGUCGGAAGACAAGAGCUCUCGGCCCUCAGGGGCUCCUGGAGUCAACAUCACAGCCCUCAGCUCUGACAUGGCACUGAUCAGCAGCGCCCUGGCAACGUACACCUACGUAGCAGAGCAUACGGAGCGUGCGGCGCUGUACUUCGUGUGUGGCGUGUGCGCGGGCCUGUUCCUGACGCUCUUCGCGCUGGUGGUGCAGAUCUCCUGCCGCACCGACUGCCCCCGCAGGCCACGCCCCUCCUGCGCCGGAGGCUCCUCCUCUUCCUCGGCCAACCGCGCCUCCGGACGCCGACGCCACUCCGGCCGCAAUGGCCGGCGUUCCAACAACCACCACCACCCGCACCACCCCCACCACCCGCACGGCUACUCGGACAGCGAGAGCUCCGACUCGGACGACUCGGACUGGGACACGUGCUCCGACCUGUCGGCCCGCCGCCACCGGCGCUUCGAGCGCACGCUCAACACCAACGUGUUCACGUCGGCCGAGGAGCUGGAGCGGGCGCAGAGGCUGGAGGAGCGCGAGAGGAUCAUCCGGGAGAUCUGGAUGAACGGGCAGCCCGACGUGCCGGGCACGCGCAGCCUCAACCGAUACUACUGAGGCUGCUACUACCGGCCAGCUGCUCAAGGCCCCCAAGCCUCCUCCGUUAGCUUUGAGAGCUAGUAAUAAGGCUGCUUGGCUCCUCUAGGCCCCAAGCCUCCUUUGUUAGCUUUGAGCGCUAGUACUGACUGAGCCCCUCUCCAACCCUCCUCCCCUAGCCUCUACAUUUACCAUUACUACUAUUUGUGGGGCUUCCUCCAAUCCUACUUUACCAUUGAGUGUGAGGUUAACUGUCUCCAGCAACACUCCUCGUUUAGCUAUUAGCUUUAGCUUCUUAGUGCUACUACUGAGGCCUCCAACCUUCCUCCCUUAGGCUGAAAUGCUAUUAGGCCUCAAACCCUCCUUUAACCUUAAGUACUAUUAGUGAGGCCUCCCUCCAAACACCCUUUAGCGUUGACAGCUAUUAUAUCAGACGGACCCACCUCGGGUAACCCUCCUCCCUUAGACUUGAGUACUAUUACUCAAGGGGAGAACCCUCCUUUAGCUUCAAGUGCUAUUACUGACAACACAUGCCUUCAACCUUCCUCCCUUAGCCUCGAGUGCUAUUUCUGAGGCUCCUCGAACCCUCCCUUAGUCUUCAGUACUAUUCGAGAGGCUAACUCUCUUUUACCGUCCUCCAAUCCUCUUCCCUUAUCCUCGAGUAUGAUUAGUGAGGCCUACUCCAACCCCCCAGUAGCACUGACAGCUAAUACAGUACAUUGAGGCUACCAGACUCCAACCUCCCUUAGCCUCGCAUACUAUUACUUAGGCUCCUCCAACCCUCUUCCCUUAGCCUAGAGUGUUAUUACUGAGGUGUCCUUGAACUCUUUUUUUAGGGAGGAGUGUUUUUUGCUGAGACUACCGGCCUCCAAGCCCUCGACUUGGGUUCGGGUGCUAUCACACUAAGGCCUUCUCCAACCCUCCUGCCUUAGGUAGUAGUCUCGAGUGCUGUUAGUAUGGCAGCUUGAGCCUCGGACUCCACAGUCGCCUGAGCCUAUGGCUAUGUCUCAAAUGGCGCACUUUUGUCAGUGCACUGACAGUCAGUGCAUAGUGCACACAGUGCACUGAGGUCUUUAGUGCAUAGUGUCGAGGAAAAAUGUGAGCACUAUGCACUGUGCCCUCGCUGGAAGUGACGGCUGAGCAUGCCAUUAGCUUGCCAAAAUAUGAGUUGGCUACCGUUUACAAUGCACAGCGUCUGGUGCUUGUAUUUCCAUGUCCUUCACCCCAAAGGACAACAAUCACACAUACAAUACUUGGUUUGCAUGAAAAGGUUGGUGUCCCAUCAACAUUACUUCCAGAAUUAGGAGACUGUUGACCAAACUCUUCUACUGAACUGAAUGCCACAUUUCCUCCUUGUCAUAGUCAACGUGGCCGCCGUUUAGUGCGUGCAGUGUCCAUCAUUCAAGCACUGCAUUUUUCCGCCAUUGUUAGGGGAUCAUCCUGGCACUUUCAGUGCACUGGCUCAACUGAAAUUUUCACCAUGAGCGCCCUAGGCUCUGAAAAACAGUGCCCGAAGUGCACAAGUGCGGCAUUUGAGACACAGCCUAUGACUCUGACUUCAGCAGCAGCUAUUACUCAGGCCAAUUGGCCUCGCACUCUGACCAGGGCAACGGCCUCAACAGUUACGAUGGCUCUGCCUCAACGGCUACGACUGAGGCUUGAUCUGGCCUUGGAUUUGGUCUCAGACUCAACUCAAUGGCUACUACUACAGCCAAGGAUGCACCUCCCUCCUCUCCUCUCUUCUCAUCUCAUCUCUCUCCCCCUCCAGCCUAAGAGAUGGAGACGGAGGUGAGAAUGACCAAACCUGAGCUGACCACGGAGGUCGAGCCAGGACUGGAUUUCUGGGUGGAUUUCGAGGUGGACGAGCUAGUUAAGAUCCAGGCGCAGGCUUUCCACUUUGAUUGUUUAUUGAACUUCGAGUCUGGAUUUGUUGUCGUUGGACUUUGACGGAUUGCAAGGGCUGAACCUGGUCUGGUCCUUCUGGCUCUCCCUCCCCCCAUUCCCCCACAGUCACAAUAAGCUGCCCCUUAGGUCAGGUCACUCGCAAACAAACAAACGCACACACAUAUGCACACGGACACGGAC